GCACACACGGAUGGAUUCGUAGGUUUUGCCAUAUACCAACUCUCUGUUUGUGCGCGUGAUUGAGGUUGGUUCUAGACUCAGCAGGGCAUUCUCUUUAGGUGCAUUUCAUGGGGUCUUUGUUCGGUAACUGGCCGUCAUAUGACCCUCACAACUUCAGCCAGCUCCGACCCUCCGAUCCCACAAAUCCUUCUAAAAUGACUCCUACAACCUAUCAUGCUACCCACAACCGGACCCUUCCGCCACCUGAUCAAGUGAUAACUACUGAAUCAAAAAACAUUCUUCUGAGGCACAUGUAUCAGCAGCAUGCUGAAGAGAAGUUGAGACAAAAGCGAGCUGCAUCAGAAAAUCUUUUACCAGAGCAUGGAUGCAAGCAACUUAAGGGUUCUGUCUCAGAUAAGUCCUAACAAGCAAACUGCCUCUAUCACUUCCAACUGGGCUCAUUUGUUGUUGCAUGGAUACUGGAAGUUGAGCAUACCCAGAGUGUGAAUAUUAGUGUCACAAGUGAUAGAUGUGUUAAGUGUACCCUGUUGUAGAUUGAAGGGGUAUUUGCUUGCACAUUGUUGUAAAAGCUGCUUCACAGACAUGUAGACUUGUGUUGUACAAAUUAGAUAUACAGCUUUAAACAAAUAAAAUGAGUAGUUACAUGCUUUGCUUA